AUGGCACAUCAAGGAGGAGUGAAAUAAUAUGAUUCAAAAAAAGACAAGUACUUGAAAGAUUACUAUUAAAAUGUGCUUAAAAACCAAAAGGACAAAGGAACUUCAAGAUUUCAUACAGAGAGCAAUCGAUAAGCGAACAACUCUUCAGUUUUAUCAUUAAAUUAAAGCAUAGUAAAUAAAUAAUUAUAAAUUUUAUGAAGCAACUUCAUCAACGACCUAGUAUUAGAUAAAAUCAACUUAAUCGUGUUUACACUUAAAAUUAAUAUCCUGACAAAUCUAUGUCUCCCAACAUGCAAACGAGAUUAUAAAAUACACCCAAAAAUAAAAGGGAAGGUGGUGUAUCGUUACCAAAAUUAGAUUCCACUAACAGCAACCUCUAAAAGCCUGUCACCAGAGAGUAAUUAUUACAAUUCCUUGAUUAAAUAAUGUUUGCUGUUGAAAAUGUAUAAUACAUUGUAUCAUAAUAUGAAAAUCCUCCUAGCGAAAUAUACCAAUCAUAGCCAGUCAGACAAAUGGCAAAAUUUAAAAUUACACAAGAAUAAUAAACUGAUCACUCAUAUAUACAAUCUUAAUUAAAAAACAAAUAGUAGUAUGUCAAUAAAGUCAAUAAAAAAACAUAAACCCCAAUUAAAUAAAUGAGGGCAAAUUCUCAAAAUUGUGAAUAACAUUAAAUGAAUAAAAAAACAACUAAAAUUAAAACUGAAUUUACAGAAGAAAGUGAUGGUACUGAAAAAAGACCUACAAGAUUUCCUAAUAUUGUUUAAUCAUCUCAAAAAUAAAAGAUUGAAAAAAUAUUACCUUAAAAUAGAAAAAAUAGAGUAUAAUCUUAAGUAAUAUCAUUUUCUUAUAUUAAUUAAAAGGAAGAUGAAUUAAUUCAAAAAGAAAAUACUAAUAAAUAAAUUAGUAAUAAUUAAACACAACAAAAUAGUGAUUAAUCUAAUAUCAUUUAUGAAACUUCUUAAUAAAAUUAAACACAAAACAAUGUCGAUCCAAAAAAUAAACGUCAUGUCACUCCUUAAAAUAAUAAAUAAUCUACCUAUUUAGUAGAAACUUAGAAAAAACAAUAAAGAUCACCAAAUAAUAGUACACAUUAAUUAUAAAAAACUAAUUAAAAUGCUAUGAUUAUAUAAAAUUAAAAUAAAUAAGACGGAAAUUAAUCAAUUUAAUAGAUAAGCUCAAAUCGUUAUUCAUUAAGUGAUUUUGAAGAUGCAGAUCCAGAAAUCUUAUUAAGUAAAAGUUCUUUAUAAGAUUAAUAAAUGAGUUAGAAAAAAUAAGUUAAUGCAUAGAAAACUCCAAAAGUUAAAAAGAGACCUAUUUAAAUUAAAAAUACAAAUUAAAAUGAUAUCAAUGGUCAAGAUCAACCUAAGUAAUUUGAUCAAAAAACAAUAGAAUUAAGAUAAAAUACAAAUGAAUAAUCUAAUAAACCUUAAUAGUUAUAAACUAAUUCAAAUGAAGGAGAUUAUGAAUUUUCAAAUGAAUUUUUAUCAGAAUAAACUAAACAAUUAACAAAAAACAGUUCAAAUACUUAAAAUAGAUAAUAAAUUAAUAAAUUAUCAUAAAAACAUAAUUCAUCAAAAAAUAUUCUUUAAAUAAAUCCAGAUCCUGAAUUUUAUCCAGAUAAUGUUUAAAAAUAAGAAAUAUAAUAUAAUAAUGAUUAGAAUGAAAAUAUUCAUUAAAAUCAAAAAGAAGACAAUAAAAUAAAUCAAUAAAAACCAAAAGCAGAUGAUUAAGCACUUAGAUAAAAUCAAAAUCAAAAUGAAGAGGAUAAAAUAAAUCAAUAAAAAGAUAAUUAAAAUUAAAAAGAAGAUGAUUAAACACUUCAAUAAAAUGACAAUUAAAAUCAAUAUAAAGAAGAUUAAAAAUAAUAGAAUCCACAUCAAAAUGAAAAUGAAGAAGAUAAUACAAAUCAAUAAAAUUAACUUUAAAAUUAAACCAAAGAAGAUACAAUAAAUUAAUAAAAUGAUAAUUAAAAUCAAAAACUAGAAAAUCAAACACAAUAGAUUCAAAAAUUAAAUUAAGAUGAUGAAGAAGAAGAUAAAAUAAAUCAAUAAAAGUAAAAUUAAAAUUAAAAUCCAAAAGAAGUUGAUGAUCAAACAUAAUAAAAUGACCAUUUAAAUUAAAAUGAAGAAGAUUAAAUUAAUAAAUAGAAUGAACAGUAAUAAAAAAAUGAUACUAAUAAUAUUGAGAUAAUUGAGAAAGAUAAUUUAAAUAAAUAGCCACAGAUUAAUUAGAAUGAUGAAAAAUUAGAAAAAUCAUAAAUUUCUUAAAAAUCUUAAAAAAAUUAAUAAAAAAUAGAAAAUUAAGAGGAUAAGUAGUAAUUAAAUGCUUCAACAAUUUCUUAAAAUAUACAUCAAAAUAAAGAUAAAUAAAAUUCUAAUGAUUAAGCACCUUAGAAUUAGAAUGUAAAAUAAAAUGAUGAAGAAUAAUCUGAAGUUAAUUCUAUUGUGAAAAGUAUUUAUGUUUAAUCUAAUGAUUUGGUAAAGUAAAAAAGUGACCAUAAAUCUGUUAUUUAAUUAGUUUAAAAUGAAGAAAUUAAUGAUUAAUAAAAAUAACUGAAUAAAUAGCAAAAUGUCUAAUUAGAUAAUUUUUAGGAAGAGUAAAUUAAAGAUAAAAUAUCUCAGUAAUUAAAUAUAAAAAAUAAUGAAGAUCUUGGUUAAUCAUAAUUAAUUCAUGAAAUCAAAUCUGAAAAAUAAGUUGAGAAAAAAGAUAAAUUUGCUAAAACAUAUUUUUAGGAAAAUUAUUCUUAAUAAAAUUAAAUAAAAUUAGCUUAAACAGGAUUCAAAUUUUAGCCAAAGAGUUUGUAAUAGAGUGGAGCCUAUUAAAUUGUAUUUGAUAAAGAUAAAUACAAAAAUAACGAAAAAAAUAAAAUUAAUGAUGAUGAUAAUUAAAAAUCAAAUUAUUAAAUAUUUGAAUAAAAUAAAACAAAAAACUAAAAAUACAAAGCUUAAAAGUCUUUAUAAAUAAUUGGAAGUAAUUAAGAAGAUAAAAAUCAAAAAAGGAAUAUUAAAAGCCAAAUUUUAAAUGAUAAUGAAAAAAUUGAUGAAGGAUUUAUACAAUUAUUAAAUAGAAAUAAAAAGAAUGAAUAAAAUAACUAAGUAAGUAAUUAAAAUGCAACUUCUUAAAAUAUCAGCAAACAAUAAAGUAAUGAAAAACUCUAAUAAUAAUAAGUUAUAGCUAUUGAAGCAACUUAGAAUCAUAAUUAAAAUGAAUAAGAAGUGAUUCCUUUGACUAAUAAAAGAUCUCAGCAUAUUGAUAAUAAUGAUUCUUUAAAAUAAAGUUAAUUGAAUAAUAAAGAAAUUUUAAAUAUAAAUGAAGGUAAUGGAAAUUAAAAUAAUUAAAUAUAAGAUGAAGGUAUGAAAUAAUCAAGAAUUCAAGAUGAAAGUUUAAAAUAAUCAAAAAUUCAAGAGAACAAUAAUUCUUAGAUUCAGGACUUUUAAAUAUAAAAGAUGUUAAAUUAGGAUCCAUAAGAUAUUGAUAAAAAUUGA